AUGGCUCUUACCCUUGGUUACAUGAUGGGAGAGCAGGUUGAGCCAUAUCAAGGUGGCACAGCUCACCAAGAUGAUACAUCUCUGAAUGGCAUUCGCCUGUUCUGUGAUGAUAAGAAAUUUAUUUCAUCUGUUGUUGGGAAAUGGGGUGCCUGGUCUGAUAUACAGUAUUGCAGAGGACGGUCAAAACUUGUGGCUUUCUCUCUAAGAGUGGAACGACCCAUGGGGCCAUCAGAUGAUACAGCAGCCAACAAUAUUCAGUUCAAGUGUAGUAAUAAUGAAAUAUUGGUAGGCAAUUCCCAUGAGUGGGGUAAAUUUGGUCUAUGGAGUGCCUCCUGUGGUCCUGGAACUUAUAUAUGUGGACUUCAGACAAAGGUGGAGAUAGUACAAGGAAUGGAGGAUGACACGGCACUGAAUGAUGUGAGGUUUUUCUGCUGUACUUAA